AAGAAGGUGAAGGUGACGCAGUAAACGUUGUAGUUUAUCUUUCCAAUUUUAAGGCAUUUUACGGGAAAGAAAAGUGACCAAACACAGCUAUGUAUGAAAACGAAGAUGAACACUUCGAAGAGGAAGAUCCGGAGGAGAUUUCGCACGAGCUGUGGCAAGAAGCAUGCUGGAUCGUGAUCAACGCCUACUUCGACGAGAAAGGUCUGGUGCGGCAGCAGCUGGAUAGCUUCGAUGAAUUCAUCCAGAUGUCGGUGCAGCGCAUCGUCGAAGAUUCGCCCGCGAUCGAGUUGACGGCCGAGGCGCAGCACGCCUCGGGAGAAAUCGAAAACCCCACUCGGUACUUGCUCAAGUUCGAACAAAUUUAUCUAUCGAAACCGACGCAUUGGGAAAAGGAUGGCUCCCCGUCGCCCAUGAUGCCGAACGAGGCCCGCCUCCGGAAUCUGACAUACUCGGCACCGCUGUACGUUGACAUUACCAAAACAAAGCUGGUGGAGGGACAGGACCCGGUAGAAACGCAGCACCAAAAGACAUUCAUCGGCAAAAUUCCGAUCAUGUUGCGAUCCACCUAUUGUCUACUAUCGCAGCUUACCGAUCGUGAUUUGACCGAGUUGAAUGAAUGCCCACUCGAUCCUGGCGGUUACUUCAUCAUCAACGGUUCGGAGAAAGUACUCAUCGCACAGGAAAAAAUGGCCACCAACACGGUGUACGUGUUCAGCAUGAAGGAUGGCAAAUACGCGUACAAAACGGAAAUUCGUUCCUGUCUCGAACACAGCUCCCGUCCGACGUCGACCCUGUGGGUGAACAUGAUGGCCCGCGGUGGUCAGAGCAUAAAGAAAUCCGCCAUCGGCCAGCGCGUAAUCGCGAUCCUGCCGUACGUCAAACAGGAGAUCCCCAUCAUGAUCGUGUUCCGGGCGCUCGGAUUCGUCGCCGAUCGUGACAUUCUCGAGCACAUCAUCUACGACUUUGACGAUCCGGAGAUGAUGGAAAUGGUAAAGCCGUCGCUGGACGAAGCAUUCGUCGUGCAGGAGCAAAACGUGGCGCUCAACUUUAUCGGUGCGCGCGGUGCCCGACCGGGCGUUACCAAGGACAAGCGUAUCAAGUACGCCAAGGAAAUCCUCCAGAAGGAAAUGUUGCCCCACGUCGGUGUGUCCGACUUCUGUGAGACAAAAAAGGCGUACUUCCUUGGGUACAUGGUGCACCGGUUGCUGCUUGCGGCCCUGGGUCGGCGUGAGCUGGACGAUCGUGAUCAUUACGGUAACAAGCGAUUGGAUCUGGCGGGUCCAUUGCUUGCCUUCCUGUUCCGGGGUCUGUUCAAGAAUCUGAUGAAGGAGGUGCGCAUGUACGCACAGAAGUUUAUCGAUCGUGGCAAAGACUUUAACCUCGAGCUCGCAAUCAAGACGAAGAUCAUCACCGACGGGCUGCGGUACUCGUUGGCCACCGGUAACUGGGGUGACCAGAAGAAGGCCCAUCAAGCGCGGGCCGGUGUGUCACAGGUGUUGAAUCGACUCACGUUCGCCUCCACGCUGAGCCAUCUGCGGCGUGUCAAUUCGCCGAUCGGGCGCGACGGUAAACUGGCCAAACCGCGCCAGCUGCACAAUACGCUGUGGGGCAUGAUCUGCCCGGCCGAAACCCCCGAGGGUGCCGCUGUCGGUCUGGUGAAAAACCUCGCCCUGAUGGCGUACAUUUCCGUCGGUUCGCAACCGUCUCCGAUUCUGGAGUUCUUGGAGGAGUGGUCGAUGGAAAAUCUGGAGGAGAUUGCACCGUCGGCAAUCGCCGAUGCGACGAAAAUCUUCGUCAACGGUUGCUGGGUGGGAAUACAUCGAGAUCCCGAGCAGCUCAUGGCCACGUUGAGGAAACUUCGGCGACAGAUGGAUAUUAUCGUGUCUGAGGUGUCGAUGAUUCGAGAUAUCCGUGACCGUGAGAUUCGCAUCUACACCGACGCCGGGCGCAUCUGUCGACCGCUGCUCAUCGUCGAGAAUGGCAGCCUGUUGCUGCGGAAGCAUCAUAUCGAUAUGCUGAAGGAUCGUGACUACAACAACUACGGCUGGCAGGUGCUGGUCGCGUCGGGAGUCGUCGAGUACAUCGAUACGCUGGAGGAGGAAACGGUCAUGAUCGCGAUGACACCGUUUGAUCUGAAGCAGAUCAAGGAGUACGCCUACUGUACGACCUACACGCAUUGCGAGAUCCACCCGGCGAUGAUUCUGGGCGUAUGUGCUUCCAUCAUUCCGUUCCCCGAUCACAACCAGAGUCCGCGUAAUACCUACCAGAGUGCUAUGGGUAAGCAGGCGAUGGGGGUGUACAUUACGAACUUCCACGUGCGCAUGGACACGCUGGCGCACGUGCUCUACUAUCCGAUGAAACCGCUCGUUACGACACGCUCGAUGGAGUACCUGCGAUUCCGUGAGCUUCCGGCAGGCAUCAACUCGAUCGUAGCCAUUCUGUGCUACACCGGGUACAACCAGGAGGACAGUGUCAUCCUGAACGCGUCCGCCGUCGAGAGAGGGUUCUUCCGCUCGGUGUUCUACCGUUCGUACAAGGACUCGGAGAAUAAGCGCAUCGGUGACCAGGAGGAGCAAUUCGAGAAGCCAAACCGACAGACGUGCCAGGGCAUGCGGAACGCACUGUACGAUAAACUCGACGAGGAUGGUAUCAUCGCACCGGGGCUGCGUGUUUCCGGCGACGACGUAGUGAUCGGCAAAACGAUUACCCUGCCGGAGACGGAGGACGAUCUGGACGGAACGACCAAGCGGUACACCAAGCGAGACGGAUCCACGUUCCUGCGCAACUCCGAGACCGGUAUCGUGGAUCAGGUGAUGCUGACGCUCAACAGCGAGGGAUACAAGUUCUGCAAGAUUCGUGUGCGCUCGGUGCGCAUCCCGCAGAUUGGCGACAAGUUUGCAUCUCGGCACGGUCAGAAGGGUACCUGCGGUAUUCAGUACCGACAGGAGGAUAUGCCGUUCACGUGCGAGGGCAUUACGCCGGACAUUAUCAUCAACCCGCACGCCAUCCCAUCGCGUAUGACAAUCGGGCAUUUGAUCGAGUGCAUUCAGGGUAAGCUCGGCUCGAACAAGGGCGAAAUCGGUGAUGCCACGCCGUUCAACGACGCGGUGAACGUGCAGAAGAUUUCCACCUUCCUGCAGGAGUACGGUUACCAAUUGCGCGGCAACGAGGUCAUGUACAAUGGGCACACGGGCCGCAAGAUUAACGCACAGGUGUUCCUCGGCCCCACCUACUAUCAGCGUCUGAAGCACAUGGUAGACGACAAGAUUCACUCGCGAGCUCGCGGUCCGGUGCAGAUCCUCGUGCGCCAACCGAUGGAGGGUCGUGCACGCGACGGUGGCUUGCGUUUCGGUGAGAUGGAGCGCGAUUGUCAGAUUUCCCACGGAGCGGCACAAUUUUUGCGCGAACGUCUGUUCGAAGUGUCCGAUCCUUAUCGGAUCCAUGUGUGCAAUUUCUGCGGAUUGAUUGCGAUCGCGAAUUUGCGUAACAAUACGUUCGAGUGUAAGGGCUGCAAGAAUAAGACACAGAUAUCUCAGGUGAAGCUACCGUAUGCCGCGAAACUGCUAUUCCAGGAACUGAUGGCAAUGAACAUUGCGCCCCGUCUGAUGGUGCUGUAAAGCCGGAUUACAGUCAAGAAUAAGUGCGCGCGCUAAAACGUGUGGUUUGAUUAAACUUAAUAGUAUUUUUAAUUAUACUAAAUAAACGACGGUUCUUUAUGAA